AUGUCACACCUGCGGGAGGUCCUCGGUCUCCUGACACAGGUGUACUCCGCAUCACCUGGCCACAGCGACAUCACGUAUCUCGACACGGUUCUGGAACGCCUGAAGUCCUGUUACCGCGGCGUGACCAGCCAGCAGAACAUCAUGGAACCCUCCCCGCCGGCGCCCCCGUCAGGUCAUCCGGGGUCAGCUCCCUCGCCCUCCGUCACCAGGUCACCAGUCCCCCUCCGGCCGCCGCUCGUGUCCGUGUCUGACAUUGAACAGCGUCUCGUGUUCACCAAGUUCACACAGCCGUUCCGCCUCAACGACCAGCGGCGCCAGUGGGUCUUCGGCGGCGAGAUCAGCAAGUUCGAAGGGCGUCACCUGAAGCAGUACUGGCUCAUGCUGUUCACCGAUCUUCUGCUGUUCACGAAGAUCAACCGCGACAGGGUGAUCUUCGUGAUGGAGGAUCCGGUGCCUCUGUGCGGGGUGUGCCAGGCGAUCUUCACGGUCAAGAAGAAAGCCACGGAAUUCAGACUGAUUGUGGACACGCGGGUACGAGUCUCGGGGGCGGGGUCAGGCUAUCUCUCCUCGACGAAGAACCAGCGCUCGACCAAUAGGAAUGCGACAACGGGAUCGGGGCGGAGCCACAAAAAGACGUUGGUCCUGCGAGCCCCAAACCCCUCGACUAAAACCCCGGGUGGCACAACCUCAUUCAGAGACAAUUGUGAGUCCUGCUUGAUUGUUGUGCUGUGGAUAACAUGUGGCAAAAGCGUUAGUCUUAAAAGUGCCCUGUAUGUCUUUUGGACUGAGUUCAACAAAAUAUUUCACUUGGGGUUAGAUGAGGAGAGGGGGACUCUUCAGAGAACAGGGUUACGGGAAACAUAUUUCUUAUUUUGUAUGGAAAAGUCCCCAAAACACGUUUCAAACAUGUUUCAAACAAGUCCUUUUGCACCCCGGCGACCUUCGCUUCAGCCAGAAACCCACAGCGCCUUGCAAGAACUUAGAGAUGAUGUGAGCAAAGUGCAUCGGCGGUGGAGGCGGCUUAGGAUCUCUUGGGGAUGA